CAUUUUCAUUUGUGCUUCUUCUUACUAACAAAACUGACUGUCUGCUAGUGCAAAAAAGAAUUGUGUGAAUUGUGAAAAAAAUUUCAAAUAUAUUUUUAACAAUUAAAAGCGGUAUAUAAUUAAACAAAUUUGUGUUAAACAGUUAAAUCUUAAGCAGUAAAAUGUCGAAAGAGGAAACUAAGACCGAGGAAAUGGAAGCUAAUGAGGAAAACUCGAAUGAAACCAAUUCAGAGACGACAUCCUCUUCAGGGGAAAAAGAGGUAGAAUUUGAUAAUAAAAUGCAAGCGGAUCGUACCAAGCGUUUCGAUUUCUUGCUUAAACAAACAGAAAUUUUCACUCAUUUCAUGAGUAACAGCACAAAGAGUCCUACAAAACCCAAAGGUAGACCGAAAAAGUCCAAGGACAAAGAAAAGGAUAAGGAUUCGGGUGGCAAUGCAGACCAUCGUCAUCGCAAAACCGAACAGGAAGAAGAUGAAGAACUUUUGGCUGAAGAUACACAAAAUAAGGAAAUCUUUCGUUUUGAAAGUUCUCCCACUUACAUUAAGAAUGGUGAAAUGCGUGACUAUCAGAUACGUGGUUUAAAUUGGAUGAUUUCAUUGCAUGAAAAUGGUAUUAAUGGUAUUCUGGCCGAUGAAAUGGGUUUGGGUAAAACUCUACAAACUAUUUCCCUUUUGGGUUAUCUUAAGCAUUUCAAAAAUUCUGCUGGUCCCCAUAUUGUUAUUGUACCCAAAUCGACGCUCCAAAAUUGGGUUAAUGAAUUCCAAAAAUGGUGUCCCUCAUUGAGAGCUGUCUGUUUGAUAGGCGAUCAAGAUGCACGUAACACAUUCAUACGCGAUGUACUAUUACCCGGCGAAUGGGACGUUUGUGUUACUUCCUAUGAGAUGUGUAUACGUGAAAAGUCGGUAUUUAAGAAAUUCAAUUGGCGUUACAUGGUCAUCGAUGAGGCUCAUCGUAUUAAAAAUGAAAAAUCUAAAUUAUCAGAAAUUUUACGUGAAUUUAAGACAUCAAAUCGUUUGUUAAUCACCGGUACACCGUUACAAAAUAAUUUACAUGAAUUGUGGGCUUUAUUGAAUUUCUUGUUGCCGGACGUUUUCAAUUCAGCCGAAGAUUUUGAUGAAUGGUUCAAUACGAAUACAUGUUUGGGUGAUGAUGCUCUGAUUCAAAGAUUACAUGCCGUCUUGAAGCCAUUCUUAUUGAGACGUCUCAAGUCGGAAGUGGAAAAGCGUCUAAAGCCGAAAAAAGAAAUUAAAAUCUUUGUUGGUCUCUCGAAGAUGCAACGUGAAUGGUAUACAAAAGUUUUAAUGAAAGAUAUUGAUAUUGUCAAUGGAGCGGGCAAAGUAGAGAAGAUGCGCUUGCAAAAUAUUCUCAUGCAAUUGCGUAAAUGUACCAAUCACCCUUAUUUGUUUGAUGGUGCCGAGCCUGGUCCACCCUACACCACUGACACUCAUUUAGUGUAUAAUUCUGGUAAAAUGGUUAUUUUGGAUAAGCUAUUGCCUAAAUUGCAGGCUCAGGGUUCUAGAGUUUUGAUAUUCUCUCAAAUGACCAGAAUGUUGGAUAUUUUGGAAGAUUAUUGUUUGUGGCGUUCCUAUCAAUAUUGUCGUUUGGAUGGUCAAACGCCCCAUGAGGAUCGUAAUAGACAAAUUCAAGAAUAUAACAUGGAGAAUAGUACCAAAUUUGUUUUCAUGUUGUCUACCAGAGCUGGUGGUUUGGGUAUUAAUUUGGCUACAGCCGAUGUUGUUAUUAUCUAUGACUCCGAUUGGAACCCCCAGAUGGAUUUGCAAGCUAUGGAUCGUGCCCAUCGUAUUGGUCAAAAGAAACAAGUGCGUGUUUUCCGUUUCAUAACAGAAAAUACGGUAGAGGAGAAAAUUGUCGAAAGAGCUGAAGUUAAAUUGAGGCUUGAUAAGUUGGUUAUCCAACAGGGACGUUUGGCUUCCAAUACGGGCAAUCAAUUGAACAAGGAUGAAAUGUUAAACAUUAUACGUUUUGGUGCCAAUCAUGUAUUUGCCUCUAAAGAUUCUGAAUUGACUGACGAAGAUAUUGAUACCAUUCUGGAGAGAGGAGAAGCCAAGACGGCCGAAGAAAAGGCUAAACUUGAUAAUUUGGGUGAGAGUUCUUUGCGCACAUUUACCAUGGAUACACCCAACAAUGAUGGUGCCCCCUCUUCGGUGUAUCAGUUUGAGGGAGAAGAUUAUCGUGAAAAACAAAAAAUGAAUGCCUUGGGCAAUUGGAUUGAACCACCCAAGAGAGAACGUAAAGCCAAUUAUGCUGUUGAUGCCUAUUUCCGUGAAGCUUUACGUGUCUCCGAACCUAAAGCACCCAAGGCACCCAGACCACCCAAACAGCCUAUAGUGCAAGAUUUUCAAUUCUUUCCUCCUCGCCUGUUUGAGAUACUCGAUCAGGAAAUCUAUUAUUUCCGCAAAACGGUCGGCUACAAAGUGCCCAAAAAUCCUGAACUCGGUUCGGAAGCCUCUAAAGUGCAACGUGAAGAACAACGUAAAAUUGACGAGGCAGAACCUUUGUCCGAGGAGGAAUUGGCCGAAAAGGAAUCAUUACUUACACAAGGCUUCACCAACUGGACUAAACGUGAUUUCAAUCAAUUCAUUAAGGCUAAUGAGAAAUAUGGACGUGAUGAUAUUGAAAAUAUAGCUAAAGAUGUUGAGGGUAAAACACCCGAGGAGGUAAUUGAAUAUAAUGCAGUAUUUUGGGAAAGAUGUCAUGAAUUGCAAGAUAUUGAACGUAUUAUGGGACAAAUUGAAAGAGGAGAGGCGAAAAUACAACGACGUUUAUCCAUUAAGAAAGCAUUGGAUCAAAAGAUGUCUCGCUAUAGAGCACCAUUCCAUCAGUUGCGUUUACAGUAUGGUAAUAAUAAGGGUAAAAAUUAUACAGAAAUUGAAGAUAGAUUCUUAGUCUGCAUGUUGCAUAAAUUGGGCUUUGAUAAAGAAAAUGUUUAUGAGGAAUUACGAGCAGCUAUUAGAGCAUCACCACAAUUUCGUUUCGAUUGGUUUAUAAAAUCUCGUACUGCCUUGGAAUUGCAAAGACGUUGUAACACCUUAAUCACAUUGAUCGAAAGGGAGAAUCUCGAAUUGGAGGAAAAAGAACGUCAAGAGAAAAAGAAAAAGGCCACAAAGAAUACUAAUACACCGGCAACUACACCACAAGCUAAAACCAAUCAGAAACGUAAAUCUGAAGUGGCACCGAGUGAGAAGAAUGCCAAGAAAAAGAAGAAAUAAAUUUCAAUAUUAAACAACAUAAACAUAUUUAGUUAUACCGAAAAAAUAAAAUAAAACAAAACAACAAACUAUUUUUAUAAGUUAACAAUAGUGUUAUGAGAUUAAUUUUAUUUUAAUUUCUUUAAGUUUUAAAUUUAAACAAAAUGAAAACAAAAUCAUACCAAUAACAUUUCCUUAAUAUUUAAACGACAGACUAGACAGACAAAUAAUACACUUUUUGAAACAAUUAAACAAGCACUUCAUAAACAUGGCUAUUAAAUGGAAAAUAUUUUCAAUAGUCUUUAAUUAACAUCUAAUCUAAGCACAUGCAGACCGACGUCAUUUAAAACUCUAUAAUAUUUAUUUCCUAAAUGUAUUUUCUUUCUUUUUUUGCAAAUAUUUUGAUAAGUUCGGAAACUUUAGAAAUAUUGUUUUAUCUUGUUUUUAAAUCAUUUUUAUUAAACAUAUUUUGAAACAU